CUAAGCCUUAUCUUCACUUCUUGUCUUCCACUUUGGAAGAAAGGACAGCCAUGAAGGUCCUCAUCCUCGCCUGCCUGGUGGCUCUUGCUCUCGCCAGGGAGAAGGAACAAAUCAGUGUACCCACUGAGACUUUGGAAAGUGUUUCAACCAGUGAGGAAACAACUACACAUAUCAAUAAGCAGAAGCUUGAGAAGGUUAAACACGAGGAGCAGCUACAAAGAGAGGAGAAGCUCCAGGAAAAAAUCCUCCCCUUUAUUCAGUCACAGCCUCUACUCUAUCCUUAUGCUGAGCCCAUCCCUGUCCUGCCACAGAACACCCUGAACCUUGUCCAACCUGACAUGCUGCUCCCUCUCCUCCAGCCUGAAAUAAUGGAAGAUCCCAAAGUUAAGGAGACCACCUUUCCUAAGCGCAAAGUGAUGCCUUUCCUCAAAUCCCCAAUGGCUUUCCCCUUUGUUGACCCUCAACUCCUGAAUCUGAGGGAGCUGAAAACUCAGCACCCUUUUCUGCCUGAGCUCCUGCCCUUCAUGCACCAGCUCUUCCAACCUUUUUUCCAGACUCCCAUGCUUUAUCCUCAGGCCCAGUUGCCUGUUUCUCAGACCAAAUUUGUGCCCAUUCCCCAACAAAUGGUACCCUACACCCAAAGAGACAUGCCUGUGCAAGCCCUUCAACUGUUCCAAGACCUGCGCUUCCCUACCCAUGGGUUCUACCCUGUGACUCAGCCACUUGCCCCAGUUAAUGUCUAAGAGGAUUUCAAUGUUAGUAUCUUCUUCUUAUGUUUGAAUUGACUGAGAAUGGAGCUAUGGCAUCUUUUCUGUCUCUCUAUCAUGUUAUAAAAGAUUAAACAUGCAUGAACUAAUCUUCAUGGCAAAAGUGAAAUCUUUUAUUUAUUUAUGUGUUAAGUUACAUUUUGUUUAAUUUGAAUCUGACUCAUAGAUUCCUUAUACCUGACAAAUUGCAAUUUCAAUUAGUAAUUGAAGUUUUAUGUUGCGUUUGAAAUGUUAUGACCACGCCAAAAUAUGUUCAAAAAUAGUUCUUACCAUUAUUUCUUACAGACUCUGUUUCCUUUCCAGUCAUUUCAAUAAAUUAAUCCUUUGGG